AUGGGAUUAAUGAAAAAUCCAAGAAAACCAACAGAAAUAGUAGUUUGUACAGAUUCAUAUUGUUAUUCUGCCUGUUCAUGGGUAACAAAAGUAUUAAAAGAAUGUGGAUGCGCUAUUCUUGUUGGAUUUGAUGGUGAUUCAUAUGGUAAAGAUGAUGAAUUUGAAGUAGGAUUAUCACCAUCUAAUAAUAUUCCAAAUAUAAAUAAUAUAGAUGAAGAUAAUAUUUUAAAACAAUAUGGAUAUAAUCUUGGAUUAACUGUUAUAGAAACAUAUAGAUUUAAUUAUGAAUAUGAUGAAAGUAUUCCUAGAGAAUUCUUAACUGAUAUGAUAGAUGAAAGAGUGAAUAUAUAUCAAUUUGAUCAAACAGAAAAAGUGAUUAAAGAAUUUGAAGAAGAAACAAAGAAAAUAGUAGAGAAAUACCAAACAAAAUGUAAUCCAAAUAAUAAAAGAUUAGUUAAAAGAGAUGAAAAAUGUGAUAAAGAAAUUAAUAUAGAACAUGGACAUGGAGGAUAUGAAUGUGGAGAUAAUGGAGAAUGGAGUACAAAAUGUGUACUAUCAUAUUGUGAUUCAGGAUACAAGUUUGAUUAUAAUAAUAAUAAAUGUAUUGAAGAUGUAUGUGUUUAUCCACCAACAGAAUCAGAAUCAGAUAAUGGAACACUAAACAUGACAGUAAAUCUAGUCAUGAUAAUAAUUGGAAUAAUCACAUUAAUUAUCUAA